AGCGCGACCCCCAUCAUGCGCGCAGUUCUCCUCGCUGUCGCCGCCACAUGCGCGUCGGCGUUCAUGGCUCCUUCCCCUGUCUCUCUCUCCAGGAGGCCCCUCCGUCUGUCGCAGUCUCGCUCUGCUGCCGUCAGAGUCCCUCGCGCCUCCCCGGUCAUGAUGGCAAACAUCAAGGAGAGGACUGUUCGCGCUCCCGUCUUCGACGAGGUCUGCGAGCAGACUGGCAUCACCCUCACGCGCUACAUGAUGGAGGUUUCCCGCGCCAACCCCGAGCUCCGCGAUCUCGAGUCUCUCAUCAGCGGCAUCCAGCAGGCUUGCAAGACCAUCUCCAGCUUGGUUGACCGCGCCACCAUCACCGGAAUGGUCGGGUAUGCUAACGGAGGAGGAUCGAUCAACGUCCAGGGAGAGGAGCAGAAGAAGCUCGAUGUCGUCACCAACGACGUGCUCAAGCGCGCCCUGCGCUUCACCGGCAAGGUUGGCAUCAUCGCUUCCGAGGAGGAGGAUGUCCCCGUGUUCAACAAGGAUGCCUACAAAGUCCCGGGAGGUGAGGGCAAGUACCAGGACGUCACCGUCGACAUCGGCAGCAAGUACGUCACCGUGUUCGAUCCCCUCGACGGCUCCUCCAACGUCGAUGCCAACAUCCCCACCGGCACCAUCUUCGGCGUCUACGAGGAGGCCGAGAGCAUGGAGAACUGCAUGGUCAAUGAUGACAGCGUUGAGGGCUCCUGCCUCUUGAACACCCUCCAGCCGGGUGAUGCGCUCGUGGCCUCCGGCUACUGCCUCUACUCCUCCUCCUGCAUGUUCGUCUUCACCAUCGGAGCUGGAGUCAACGGCUUCACCUACGAUCGCUCCAUCGGCGAGUUCGUCCUCACCCACCCCAACAUUCAGCUCCCCAAGCGCGGCAAGAUCUACUCGAUGAACGAGGCCAACCGAUGGGACUGGGACAAGCCCCUCCAGGAUUACGUCACUGCCAUCCAGACUGGCCAGGGACAGACCAAGGCCAAGUACUCCUCCCGCUACAUCGGAUCCAUGGUUGGUGACGUCCACCGCACUCUCCUUUACGGAGGAAUCUUCGGAUACCCCGCCGACAAGAAGAACAAGGAUGGCAAGCUCCGCCUCCUCUACGAGGCUGCCCCCAUGUCCUUCCUCAUGGAGCAGGCUGGCGGUCUCUCCUUGACCGGCAAGACCCGCAUCAUGGAUCUCGUCCCCCAGAAGGUUCACCAGCGCGUUCCCUUCCUCGCUGGCUCCUACGAUGAUGUCAUGGAGAUGCGCUCCUACUACGACGCCUGCGAUGAUCCCGAGAUCAUCAAGAGAUGUCUUGCUCGCCUUGAGGGCUCCGCCAAGUGAGCUGGAACGAUUAGAGUGUGAAGAUGAUGGGAUUUUGCAGUAAAAAGACCUAAAUAGUC